AUGACGGUCGGAUAUAAGCCCAUGUCAUUUUUGAAAGUUCGAGAAAUUGUGGAUUCAGGAAAUAUUAGAGAACUCUACAGAUCACCGGAAUGCAUGAAGAAAUACAAUAGUUUUAAAAAGAUGCUGAAGGAUGAAGGAAUAGAUAUGACUUCUCGUAUUGUGGUAGAGCAGCUUCAUUGGUUACCGCCUUCAACAAGUAUUCGAACGCCUUCCAACGAAAUUGUUGAGAAGAUCAAACCAAAAGACAGCAUGCCAUUUGCUAAUGAAGAUGACAUUACGAUUGUUACAAAUAGUUUUCCGUACUACUUGGAGGAUGGACUAGUGCAUUUGUGUGCCUGGGUCAAGUUUCCUAUGCCCCCAGACCCCAAAUCGGAGUUGGGUGAUAUUUCAGACGAAAUGAAGCGUCUUGUGAAUCUUUACGUGAAGAAAACGUUUGUUGAUCACUUAGGAUUGUCUAACGAUAAGGUGCUAUGGUUUAAGAACUGGGCAGCUUUGCAAAGCAUUAAAACAAUCCCACAUAUUCACGUGAUUCUGGAUCAUCCAGAUCCUAAGAAGGUGCAGGCACUUCUACAAACAGGCGGUAUUCCAAUUGAUUAUAGCACGGACUUUGCUUCGAAAUUGUAA